UCAGGUGGCACGCUUCAGGACGUUUUUUUUGCGCAAUAGCGCUCUGACGUCGUACGUUCGUGUUGAGACGGGAAGCUUGUUGGAGUGAGGUGUCAAACCUCAAACCUUACUCAUAAAUUUCCGGAGUUAACAGAUGAGAACAUCAAACUUGGUGGAAAGGCUGCUGUUCAGAUGAGGAGGGCUUGCCUGGUUGAGCCCGUGUGUCGCCCUCAGUUGCCAUGGCAACACGAUAUUUCCCCACAUUCCUGGUCCUCCUCGUCCUGUCCUCGUGCACUCUCUUGCUUCUGACCCUCCUGCCCUCCGUUGCCCCAUCGAUUCCCUUUCGUUCCUCCUCUCCUUCCUCACGUUGGUCGUCACCGUCCUGCGGUCUGGGUCAGUCCUGGGCCGUCCGCCUCCACGCUGGCCCGCAUCAUGGAGCAGAAGAUGGUGAACAAGGCUCUGUGCACCUGGAUGCGAUAGCCAACAGGGUAGCACAGCAGGCUGGGCUGCAGAACCGGGGCCAGAUCGGACAGCUGGAAGGCCACUACUUGCUGUGUUCUGUGGAGCCUGCGACUGGAACUGGUGUUUGGAGCGAGGGUGUCCAUCCGGGGGACGUCUUGGCUGCCCAUCCUCAUGUCCUCUGGCACUCCCAGGAGAGACAGCUUAGCCGCUCUAAGAGAUCGAUGGCCUUCAACGACCCACUGUACCCCAAACAGUGGCACCUGCACAAUGGGGAAAAGGGUAUGGAUAUCAACGUAACAGGCGUGUGGGAGCGCAACAUCACUGGCCGAGGAGUCACAGUGGUGGUGGUAGACGACGGGGUAGAACACACCCAUCAGGACAUCCAGCCCAACUAUAGUCCAGAGGGCAGUUAUGACCUGAAUUCCAACGACCCAGACCCCAUGCCACACCCGGACGUCCGCAGCGACAACCACCACGGGACACGAUGUGCUGGCGAGAUCGCAGCCGUUCCCAACAACAGCUACUGCGCCGUAGGGGUCGCCUACGGCAGCAAGGUGGCAGGUAUCAGAGUUCUGGAUGGCCCCCUGACUGACAGCCUGGAGGCUAUAGCCUUCAACAAGCACUAUCAGGUCAACGACAUCUACAGCUGCAGUUGGGGUCCAGAUGAUGAUGGACACACUGUAGAUGGACCUCAUCCUCUGGGCAAGGUGGCGUUGCAGCAUGGGGUGAUCGCAGGCAGGCAAGGCUUCGGCAGCAUCUUUGUGGUUGCCAGCGGCAACGGAGGUCAAUACAACGACAAUUGCAACUAUGACGGCUACGCCAACUCCAUCUACACUAUCACAAUCGGAGCGGUGGACGAAAACGGCAGGAUGCCCUUUUAUGCUGAGGAGUGUGCGUCCAUGCUGGCUGUGACUUUCAGCAGCGGAGGGGGCAAUUUAAGGAGGAUUGUCACGUCAGACUGGUCCAUGCAGCAGGGGAAUGGCUGUACGGUGGACCACACUGGAACAUCAGCCGCUGCCCCCCUGGCGGCAGGAAUGGUGGCCCUCAUGCUGCAAGUUCGCCCCUGCCUCACCUGGAGGGACGUCCAGCACAUCAUCACCUUCACCGCCACCAAGUGUGACAACAGUGUAGACUGGAGGAUAAACGGAGCCGGUUUCCAUCACAGCCACCAGCACGGUUUCGGCCUGCUUAAUGCAUGGAGACUCGUCAAUGCUGCCAAGGUAUGGGAGUCGGUGCCUUUCCUCGUGUCCUAUCAGAGCGCUGUAAUAAAGGAGGAAGCGCCCAUCCCGACUUAUCCCGACGAGCUGAUCCGCACUUGGAAAGUCUCUGCAGCUGACCUGAAACAGUCUGGAAUGGAAACACUGGAGCAUGUGGCUGUUACCGUGACGAUAACCCACCCUUGCCGUGGCAACGUGGAGAUUGUUUUGGUCUGCCCCAGUGGGAUGACAUCAGUCAUCGGGGCACGCCGUGCCAUCGACAGAGACUCUGCAGGUUACCAGGACUGGACUUUCUCCACUGUGCGCUGCUGGGGAGAAAAAGCUAAAGGCCUGUACACCCUCAAGAUAUCUGACCACAAAGAGCAGUCCGAGCAGUGUGCCGCUGUGGGAAUGUUGAAGCAGUCAUCGUUGACCCUGUACGGUUCCUCUAUGACCUUCAGUGAGGUCAAGGACAGACAAAAGCUCGUGGAGGACGCUAUGAGUGGCAAGUAUCUUGACAGCAAUUUCUCCUUGCCCUGCCCUCCCGGCCUAGACAUCCCUCCAGAGAUCAUCAGCCCUUUCACCUCCAACAACCUCAAGUCCCUGCUGUUGCUGGGCUGCUUUGCUCUCUUCUGGUCUCUCUACUACACACUGGAGGUUGCACUGGCCCACCUGGACCUCCGGGGCUUCCUCUGCCUGCGCAGGAGAUGGGGAGGUCACCGGGGUGCCAGGAGAGGACGCCGUGAGAGAGGAGUGGAGGAGGCGCAGGUGGAUGAGGAGGAUGAGGAGAAAGACGAGCUGGACUCAGGGGUGGAGUUGCACGCGGUGCUGGACUCCGAAGCCAAAGCACCGCUUUUAAAUGGAGAGCGACUGGCAACAUAGCACCGAGCCAGAUGAUGGGGUUUAAAACCUCUCACUGUCUGUGUUCAUGAGGCGUCUCAGGCUUUCACCCUCUCCUCCUCCACCCACCCAACCUCAACCUUAUCUGUGAUGACAGGGGUAGGUCAUAGUGUGGACUGCAGAUAUUCCCCAAACAUGUGGCCUUGUAUGAAAAUCUGUGUUAGUACGAUGACAGCACCAUAGGAGUGUGUAUGGGCUUUCUUUAACACCUGGCCCUUUAACUAAGUGAGCCAAUUAGAGGACAUCAUGCUUGCGUGCGAGUGUGUGUAUACAGGCUUGUCUGUAUACGAUUGUGUACCCAAAGAGGAACUGAACUGACAUAUUGGUGGAAUAUACUUAACGGACAUCUGUGGGGUCCUUAAACCAAGAGAAAAAUGUGAUGUGCACUCCAGGAAUGUAUGAAUUUGCUGUGUGUGUGCGUGCAUGUGAUUGUUCUCCCCUGAGUGGGUGUUAUGACAUGAGUGUGUGUGUGUGUGUGUGGUUGCUAAUAUGCAAGGUCUUCCUUGAGAAUGUGUCCUCAAAUGAGGUUUUAAUAUGGUACUGAUGUUCUUUAAAAACAAGAUAUAUUUUCAGAGGUGUUAUUUGCUGCAUUUUUAUUUUUAAGUCUGGGGUUAAAUCUGUGGGUUAUCCACCAACUACUGAUAAAAACUUGAAGUGGGAUUUUCAAGUGUGGGAUUUGUAUAUGUAUUUUUAUAUUAUAUGUAAUAUAUAUAUAUACACAAUGUGUGCCUGCUGUACAGAUACAUACCAACUGUGUUUUAAGGAUUUCUAUAAAGUGUUUUUAAAAAUGUAUUAAAGAGUUCUAAUUUUUUAUUGGGAAACUGUGUUUUGCUGUGCAAGUCACAGAUGAUCUGAAUGAUAAUAAAAGUCUUGACGAAUUGUCUUCA